AUGGCGGCCUCUUGGUUUGCCCUCCGCGGCGGCCGCCAGCUUGCUCUGCGCUCGCGCGUGCGUGCUGGCCCCUCUGUCGCGCGGACAGCUUCCCUCCCCUUGAACGCCUCUAGGCGGUUCUUGAACACUUCCACCGCCCCCUCUACUCGUCGCGGUGUUUACACCAGCUCCGUCGACGCGCAUGGAGACCCUCAUCCCCAUGAUGUCUUCCAGCCUCUCGAUACCUUUCCCCGCCGCCACAUCGGGCCUUCUCCCGAUGCCGCUACGGAAAUGCUGGCCGUGCUGGAUCCCCCGGCGGCCUCCCUGGAUGAAUUCGUCAAGCAGGUCCUGCCCGAGGACAUUCUCUCCAAGAAGGACAUGAAGGUCACCGAGCCCCAUGCCGAUAUCAGCCUGUACCGCUCCAGCGUGCAAGGCGGUCUGGGUGAGACCGACAUGCUCAAGCUCCUGGACACCUACCGGAAGCAGAUCGAUGUCUCGGGCAAGACCUACAUCGGUACCGGUUACUACCCGACCAUUGUGCCCCCCGUUAUCCUGCGCAAUGUCCUGGAGAACCCCGCCUGGUACACCAGCUAUACCCCUUACCAGCCCGAGAUCUCCCAGGGUCGUCUGGAGUCUCUGUUGAACUUCCAGACCCUGACUGCUGAUCUGACCGGUUUGCCUUUCGCCAAUGCCUCCGUUCUGGACGAGGCCACCGCCGCCGCCGAGGCCAUGACCAUGUCCUUCGCUACCAUGCCCGCCUCCAAGCAGAAGAAGGCCGACAAGUCCUUUGUCGUGUCUCACCUCUGCCACCCCCAGACCAUUGCCGUGAUGCGCUCGCGCGCUGAGGGAUUCGGAAUCAACCUGGUUGUUGGUGACAUCCUAGCGGAUGACUUCAAGGUGGUCAAGGACCAGGGUGACCACCUGAUCGGUGUCCUCGCCCAGUACCCCGACACCGAGGGUGGUGUUUUCGACUUCCAGUCGCUCAGUGACUCCAUCCACGGCCAGGGUGGUACUUUCAGCGUUGCCACCGAUCUGCUUGCCCUGACUCUCCUCAAGGCUCCCGGUGAGUUCGGCGCCGAUAUUGCCUUUGGUAGUGCCCAGCGAUUGGGUGUCCCCAUGGGCUUCGGUGGUCCCCACGCUGCCUUCUUCGCUUGCGCCGACAAGUACAAGCGUAAGGUGCCCGGUCGUGUUGUCGGUGUCUCCAAGGACCGCCUUGGUAAUCGUGCUCUGCGUCUGGCUCUGCAGACCCGUGAGCAGCACAUUCGUCGUGAGAAGGCCACUUCCAACAUUUGCACUGCUCAGGCCCUGCUCGCCAACAUGACUGCUAUGUACGCUAUCUACCACGGCCCCGUCGGUCUGAAGUCCAUUGCUCAGCGUAUCAUGUCCAUGACUUCUCUUCUCCGUGAGAAGCUGGCUUCCAUCGGCUACAACGUUCCUGUGCGUUCCAACACUGAAGGCGGUGCCGUCUUCGACACUUUGGCUAUUGAGCUCGACAGUGCUUCCGAGGCCGAUGAGGUUGUUGCCAAGGCCCGUGAUGCCUCUAUCUACCUCCGCCGUCUCACUGGCAACAAGGUCGGUCUUUCCCUCGAUGAGACUGUUGGCCGUGACGAGGUUAAGGGUAUCUUGGAUGUCUUUGCUGCGCACAAGAAUGUCGCCCCCGUCGAGGUUGACGGCACUCUCGGUGUCACUCCCGUCCCUGCCAGCCUGGAGCGUACCUCGUCCUUCAUGACCCACCCCGUUUUCAACACCCACCACUCUGAGACCGAGAUGCUGCGGUACAUCCACCACCUCGAGUCCAAGGAUCUGUCUCUGGCCCACUCCAUGAUUCCUCUCGGAUCUUGCACCAUGAAGCUCAACGCUACCACGGAAAUGAUCCCCGUCUCCUGGCCCGAGUUCUCCCAGAUCCACCCCUUCAUGCCUGCGAAGGAGGCCAAGGGCUACAUCCAGAUGAUCGAUGACCUGGAGCAGCAGCUGGCCGACAUCACCGGCAUGGCCGAGGUCACCGUGCAGCCCAACUCUGGUGCCCAGGGUGAGUUCGCCGGUCUGCGUGUUAUCAAGAAGUACCAGGAGGCCCAGGGCGACUCCAAGCGUAACGUCUGCCUGAUUCCCGUCUCUGCCCACGGUACCAACCCUGCCAGUGCCGCUAUGGCUGGCAUGUCUGUCGUCACUGUCAAGUGCGACAUGAAGACCGGUAACCUGGACCUAGCUGAUCUCAAGGCCAAGUGCGAGAAGCACAAGGACGACCUUGCCGCAUUCAUGAUCACCUACCCCAGCACCUUUGGUGUCUUCGAGCCCGGUGCCAAGGAAGCCAUCCGUCUCGUCCACGAGCACGGCGGCCAAGUCUACAUGGAUGGAGCCAACAUGAACGCCCAGAUCGGCCUCUGCUCCCCCGGCGAGAUCGGCGCCGACGUCUGCCACUUGAACCUGCACAAGACCUUCUGCAUUCCCCACGGCGGUGGUGGACCCGGUGUCGGCCCCAUCGGUGUCGCCGAGCACCUGCGCCCAUUCCUGCCCUCCCACCCAACAAGCGAGCACCUCCAAGCCAAGCGCGGCGACAACUCCUCGCCGCCCAUCUCUGCCGCACCCUGGGGCAGCGCCUCCAUCCUCCCCAUCACGUUCAACUACAUCAACAUGAUGGGCGACCGCGGCCUGACCCAUGCAACCAAGAUCACCCUGCUGAAUGCAAACUACAUCCUCUCCCGGCUGAAGCCCCAUUACCCGAUCCUCUACACAAAUGAGAACGGUCGCUGCGCUCACGAGUUCAUCCUCGACGUGCGCGGCUUCAAGGAUACCUGUGGUAUCGAGGCCAUCGACAUCGCCAAGCGUCUCCAGGACUACGGCUUCCACGCGCCUACCAUGUCCUGGCCCGUCGCCAACACCCUCAUGAUCGAGCCCACCGAGUCCGAGAACAAGGCUGAGCUGGACCGUUUCUGUGACGCCCUGAUCUCCAUCCGUAAGGAGAUCGCGGACGUCGAGUCUGGCAAGCAGCCUCGCGACGGAAACGUCCUCAAGAACUCUCCCCACACUCAGCGUGAUCUCCUCUCCUCGGAGUGGAACCGUCCUUACACCCGUGAGGAGGCCGCUUACCCCGUGCCCUGGCUGUUGGAGAAGAAGUUCUGGCCAAGCGUGACUCGUGUUGAUGACGCCUUCGGUGACCAGAACCUGUUCUGCACGUGCGGCCCCGUCGAGGACUCCGAAUAG